AUGACCCAGCUCUGCUUACGCAGCCCCAAAGCCCUAGCAGAUGCACCCCUUGUCCCUGCCAGGGUCCUGGGUGCUGGGGAGGGGCCGGGGAGUGCAGUGUGGGCACAUAUGUCGUGUUGGGAGCCCAGUUGGCCCCGGCUCCUGGACAGUGCCCUAGGGCUGGGCGCGCUGGGGAUGACGGUUUGUGUCAUCUUUGCCAUGGUUGGCCCGGCCUUGCUGCUGCUGCUGCUGCUCAGCAGCUUCCUUGCCUUUGACUUGCUCCACAGGCCUACAGACCCCACCCUGCCACAACAGCGACUUCUCAUCAGGGACCAGAGUCAGGGAGCUGGUGAGGGUCUGGGAUGGCAGGAGACUCAUCUCCACCCAUCGGGGCCUGCUCCCACACAGCUCAGGACCCAGGAUGCACUGCUUGUGCUGCUCAUGGGGCUGGGGCUGCUCCUGGUAGCUCACGGCAUGCCCUUGACUUUGCUGGGCCUGGCUUUCUGCCUUCACCCUUGGGCCUGA